UAGUUCCGGUUAAUUGGAAAGACCUAACCUUCAUAGAGACUCGUUUUCUAAUUAAGAGAUUUAAAGUAUUCCUCAUUAACUUCGAGAAACAUGGAAUCGUUUAAAAGUUUUGUAAAUGUAAUUGAUGCAUUUAAUUUGAAUGCAGACUUCGUUAAAAUAUUUCCAAUAGAAUUAACUCAAAUGAUUUUCAAUAAAUUAGAUCCUUGGUCUUUGUUAAUCGCUGCUAAAGUUUCUCGUAAAUGGCGAAGUGUCUGUGAAAGUGAUUCUCAGUUAAGAAAAACUGCCAGAGAGUAUCUUCGUAAAAGAAAACAACGAUUAUUUAAUAUUAAACCAAAUCGUAUAUUUGAGAUACGGGCAUGUAAUCGUGAGAGUAGAUCACGUCCUUUUGUUUGUUACUUAACAAACACUUGUGUAGGAAAAAGAAAAAGAUCAGCCUCUUUGGAUGAUAGACUAAAUAAUGCUGCGAAAAGAUUAAAAAGAAGUAUUUCAAAAUUAAGGUAGCACAUUUUUUGACCAAAUUGACGAUAAAAAAAAUGACGAGUUGUUAUUUAUUCCAACAAAACAUACAAUGAUAUUAUUCAUAACAUUUAUUUUAAAAAAUGUUAUCAAAACAUAAUAAACGAAAUUAGAAAAUGAAAAUGGAAAUUUUAAACAGGAAAUAAA